AUGGGCAACAAUCGUCCCAAUGCCAACAUCUGCACCAUGACUUGCAGCGGUGACUCGAGCCAGACUUGCGGUGGACCCGAUGCCAUCAACAUCUACGUCAAGGAUAGCUACGCAUACACCACUGGUCCGGCCUCUGUUCUCCCUUCGUACAAUGGAUACGAUGUCACUCAGUGCUGGCAGGACGCUUCGAACAACCGCAUCCUGAAGCAAGGACCCGCUACUUCGAUCCCAUACGACCAGAUGACCGCCCAAAAGUGCGUUGACGGAUGUGCCGCCGCCGGCUUCUCUUCAGCUGGCGUAGAGUAUGGAGGUGAAUGCUACUGCGACAAUGUCACGCUCCCACCUGGCCAAAGCGAAUCGAUCAGCGAGAAUAGAGGUGGCGGGAUUGUUGCCAUUGUAAGAGGCAAGAGGAGACGCAGGACCGGUGGUAUACUGAUAGCCAUCUUUGACGUAGAUGCUGAUUGCGUCGGGUCCUCCGCAAAUUUGAGUAGAAUCACCAGCACAAG